GUUCGAAUAUAAUAAUGUAAGCCCGCGUUAGUUACGAUAUUCAUCAGUCAUGACUCAUGACAAUUAGGUAUUAAAGGAAUAGGUAAAUAUAUUCGAACAUGAAUUAAUAUUGUUACACGAGUUGGUUAUUUUUCUUGGAAACGGUUUGAUUUCCAUCCAUAUCCGAAUAACCGAACCCAGAAUUUUGUUUUACUUACGUUUACUAUACCUUCAAAAGAUGUCGCAUCGGGAUUAUUAUCAUCGUCGUGACGUACUCAACGGGUAAAUAUAUGAAACUCCAAUCAACAUUUUUCUAGAGUUCAGCAAGUGAUUUGAAUAUUUUAUUAGAUAUACUACCUCCAGAAUUAUUAACCAAUUGAUGAUUGAGCAACAUUAUCUUUUUUCCCUGUUGUAACUAUAACACAAUAUUAAAGUGUGGACACGUUGAUUGACAUGUGACCGGCGGCAGUCAUCUGUAAUUCUCAAUUUUAUACUUUAGCGACCGCUGGCGCCCAUAGUUUAUCACUACUACCAUGCCACAUGACUGCUAACGAUCGUAAAUUAAUAUUGUUUUAUUUUACUAACUUUUCCAUGGCGCUACAAUAAUAUACUUAAAAGAGCGCAAUGACAUAGUGAGAAUCAUUACAAUUUGUUUGAUGUAUACAAUUACAACACUGUAUACAAAUUUGGAAUACAUAUGAAAAAUAUGCUUGGCAUGUUGAUAGUAUAUAUAGUGACACCGGUAGUAACAUUGCAGUCAAUGUGUUCAAAAUUACACACAAAAAUGAAUGCUAACAUACUCACAGACCUUUGUGAGAUCAUGCAUGGCCUGGGUGAAAGAAUACCACGCAGAGAUACAGUUGAGAUAAUGCACUCAGUAUUAAUAAAACAAAUGAUUUUGUUGAUUUACCAAAUGCAAAAAGCUGCUAUUUUACUUAAGCACCAGAGUAUAUCAAUCAAACAUGUACUUUAUGUUUUGAAAAAUCAUAAGGUCACCCUUAUUCGAAUUCUAUCAUACUAUUUGUUAAAAGAUACUAUCCAUCAACUCAAUAAAUUAAGUGAUACUGAUGAAGAUAAGGAAAAAAAGAGGAAAAAUAAGAAAUCUAAACUAGAGUUGAUUGAUAAAGAUAUUGUUGAAAAUAUUACAAAUUUAGAAGAUGUAUCUUUAAAAAUAGACGAUCCUGCUUCUGCCUUGGCUGAAGUUGAUUUUACAACAAAAGACUUAUCACCUGAAAAUACCAAAGUCAAAAGUAUUUUUAAGAAACUUAGAAAUGCAAUUGUAGAGUUGAAAUUAAAAAUAAAUAUAACUGAAGAAGAAAUAAGAAAAUCUAACGAAACACGUCUUCUUAGAGCUAAUGAUAUAUCAAUUAUACUAACAGCUAAUGCAUAUGAAGGUUAUGAGGUAUGCAGAAGUAAAAAUUUUCAUAAAAACAAAAUAGGUGAACGGCUAUUGUUACAAGUACACAAAGCUCUCCCAUGGGAUAUUACAUACAAUAAUCAAGUUAAAGAAGUUCUUCUCUUCUUAGCUAAAGAAACGAUAAGUUAUAUUAUUGAUCGUGUAUAUGAAAGUAGAAAAUGUACAGACAGCUGUGAUGAAAAUAAUUUAAAAAUAAUUAAGAAAAAAAAAUAUGGAUCUAUACUUGUUGAUGAAAUAACAUCCGUUAUAAAAUCUACAUGGAAAACUCCUUUUGAAGAAAUCCGUUACCCAUAUGAUGAAGAAGAUGCGUUUUUUAAUAAUCAAUUGAUUUUUGAAUUAUAAACAUCUUAUAUAUGAUAUGUAAAUAUAAUUAAAUAAUCGUAUGUUUCGGAAUAUAAUUUGUUUAG